CUGUGCGGGCUUUGUCGGCCGGGCUGCAGGGCGGGCGGCCGCGGGGUGCGGUGUGCGGCUCGCAGCGUCCGGCCCGCAGCGUCUGUCUCCCGCGAGCGCGUCUCGGGCCCGAGCCUGGGGUCUUCUCCCUGAGGAGCUUCACGUGGAUUCUAACAUAGGAACUGGACAAGAAGGUGACUCCACAGCCUGGAUUUCUGAGAAUGAAAAUUUGCAUAAAACAGUGUCAGACAAACUCACAGUGAUGGAGCCCCCCGCCCCUGAGUCUGGGGAAGUCCCUGAACCCAGAUUAGGAGGGCUGUUGGGAAACCCAAAAGAGCAGAGCCUGGGGAAUUGCCCCUCUCAGGAAGGGGGCUUCAAGCAGGUGACAGUUACCCACUGGAAAAUCCAAGCAGGAGAGGCAGCCCAGGUGUGCAGUAAGUCAGGGAGAAACGCUAUUCUGAACUCAAACCUUCUUAUACUUCAGAAAGAGCUCAUAGGAGGGGAGGCCCAUCCUUGCAAUAUCUGUGGCAAAAGCUUCACAUUUAAUUCAGACCUAGUUACACAUCAGAUUUCUCACACUGGGGAGAAACCUUAUAAAUGUGAUCAGUGUGGGAAAGGCUUUGGUCAGAGCUCACACCUUACUGAGCAUCAGAGCGUUCAUGCUGGAGAAAGACUCUGUGUGUGCAACGUGUGUGGGAAAGACUUCCUUCACUAUGCACAUCUUAUUGAGCAUCAGCAAGUCCAUACUGGAGAAAAGCCGUUUAAAUGUGCUCAGUGUGGGAAAGCGUUUUGUCAUAGCUCAGACCUGAUUCGACACCAGAGAGUUCACACCAGAGAGAGACCUUUUGAGUGCAAAGAAUGCGGAAAGGGCUUCAGUCAGAGCUCCUUACUUAUUCGGCAUCAGAGAAUUCACACGGGAGAAAGACCCUAUGAAUGUAACGAAUGUGGGAAAUCUUUCAUCAGGAGCUCGAGCCUUAUUCGACAUUAUCAGAUCCACACAGAAGUGAAACAGUAUGAAUGCAAAGAAUGUGGGAAGGCCUUCCGCCACCGCUCGGACCUUAUUGAACACCAGAGAAUUCACACUGGGGAGAGGCCCUUUGAAUGUAAUGAGUGUGGGAAAGCCUUUAUUAGAAGCUCCAAGCUCAUCCAGCAUCAGAGAAUUCACACUGGAGAGAGGCCUUACGUAUGCAACGAGUGCGGGAAGCGCUUCAGCCAGACGUCAAACUUCACGCAGCAUCAGAGGAUUCACACCGGAGAGAAGCUGUACGAAUGUGAUGAGUGUGGGAAAGCCUUCUUUCUGAGUUCAUACCUUAUUCGACACCAGAAAAUUCACACUGGGGAGAGAGUGUAUGAAUGUAAAGAAUGCGGGAAAGCUUUUCUCCAGAAAGCCCAUCUCACUGAACAUCAGAAAAUCCACACUGGGGACAGACCCUUUGAGUGUAAGGACUGUGGGAAAGCCUUCAUUCAGAGCUCCAAGCUACUACUGCAUCAGAUCAUUCAUACUGGAGAAAAGCCAUAUGUGUGUAGUUAUUGUGGGAAAGGCUUUAUUCAGAGGUCAAAUUUCCUUCAACACCAGAAAAUUCAUACUGAAGAGAAACUCUAUGAAUGUAGUCAGUAUGGAAAAGAUUUUAAAUCGACCCCAAACUUUAAAAAUAAUCAAGGUGUUCACCAGGAGGGACUCUCCUUGAGUAAGGCGCCCAUGCCUUUGGGUGAGAUGUCUGUAGGUCCUGGGGAAGAUACAGAUAACUUAUAAUUAUUGGGAUUCACAUGGCUUCUAAGGCUUGGACAUGUCAGAAUCUUCUAAGUCAUGCAUGGGGCUGCUUUUGGAGUGGGAAACCAUCUUCCACUUGGCAGCACUACUGGACUUCAGUCCUCUGCCUCAGCUGUGAGUGUUGUCCUCAGGAGAGCCGCGGACUUUACAACUGAUUUUGAGCUGGAAUGGGAAGUGGGUGGUGUGGGUCUCAAGGAAAGCCUUCUGUAUUUUAUUCACUGUUACAACCCGUCCUUGAGUUAAACCCCUUUUAGAGCAAAACUGUGUAUCUGAUCUUAUUACUUAAAAGAAUGUUACUUAGCAAAUUUUAAUCAAGUUGGAGAAAGAUACUUUUUAGUGCAGACUUUCGAAUUAGUUCUCUGUCAUGCUUAGGAUGAACUCCAAGCUCUCACCACAUGUCCUAAGACCUCUUGCUCCCAUGGCCUCGUCUCCCACUGCUUAACACCCUGCCGCAUGGUUGAUGCUCUGGGAGCACCCACUGCCUCCUGCAUCCCACACGCUCCAAGCUGUUUCCUGCCUCCUGCCUUUGUCCUUAUAUGACAGGUCUCCUCCUCUUCUCAGCUGAUUAACGCCUUUAUUCAGUACUCAUCUCAGGCGUCACAUCCAGGCACAGUUCCCUCCGGUGCAGCCAGGUAGUCCUCUUCUGCACUUCUGUUACUCCCUCUGUUACUGGACUUAGGUUGAUAUAUCACCAUUAUGAUUCUGUGUGUUCUCUUUCAUUACAGCCCCAACUCCUUGAGGACAGUGGUCAUAUCUGACUAAUCCAUGUAUCCCCAGUGUUCCGCGCAAGACAGAAACACACCCCAAACCUACGUGUAAUUGGUGUCUCUUGCUUUGUCCUUUAUAUACUUCUUUUGUUUCAAAAUUUGGGUGUUUUUUGUUUUGUUCAUUUUGUGUCAGUAUAAUCUGCUGUUCUAUGGGAGUAUUCUCUCUCUCAGCCCUGCUAAUGUCUUUUGCUCUUGCUUAACUCAGAAAUUGCAGACAAGUAGCCUCUAUACACUGGAUGUGGUGGCACUGUCUGCACUUAAUUGUCUAUGAGUUUUUCUAACCCACCGAAGGGGCACGCAGUCCCGAUGCAUGACAUAAUGUUUUUCUGCCUAAGCAGUUCCAGGAUUGAACUCAACUUGUCACUUUCCCUGCUGUGGCUCAUGUAGUCAUGUAUUUGAAAAUGUAUCGAUGCCCAUAAGGAAGUUGUAAAUGUUGGGAAGACAGAUGAGUAGGGCACCGUCCCUCCUGAAGUUGUUUAGAGUAAAGUGGGGAGGACAGAAAGGACACGGGACAGUGGGUGAAGUUUGUUUUAAGCUGGGUAGAAGCAUAGGGAAGGAGUUCGCUAACGAAGGCUCCACAGAAGAAGUGACAUAACCGGUUUGGAGAGCUCAGUGGACAUUUAACAGCUAGUGAGGAAAGGGUGACCUGGGAGAGGGAGUCUUCAGAGACAGGGAGGCAUGAUGGGUUGCUCCUAGCAGAUUUAAUGCACAGUGCAUAGCCAUCUAGCAAAACUAUUAGUCUCCACCUCUGAAUUUCUUUCAUCUGAACAUUAACCCUAAGAACCAAUUCUGAACUGACAGAAAACAGUUUUUGCCGAGGAGGGCAUAUUUUGAGUUUUUAACAAACUCCAGCAACCUUAGAAGCCUUGAGGGGGCAGAUAAUUCAUAUAGUACUCCAUUUUCUGGAAAACUCACCAAUAUUAGAGAUGUUUGAAACGGUAUGGAAGCAGAUAUUACCAGAUCAUUUUAACCAACUUUACUGAGGUUCAAUUUCCAUGCAAUAGAACACCUAUUAUAGUUGUACAGUAUUUCAAAAAUAUCAGCCCUGUAACCACCACCACAAUCAAGAAAAAUAACAUUUCUGUCGCCCCCAAAAGUUCCCUUUUGCCUUUUCCCCAACCCCUGGUAACCCCUUUCUGUCAGUGUAGAUUAGCUUUGUGUGUUCUGGAACUUCAGAUAAAUGGGUUCAUGUAGUAUGUACUCCCUUGUGUGUGACUGUUCACUUUGGCAUGAUUUUAGACACGACCAGUUCUGUGUUGGGUAGUUCUCUUUGCACAUGGUAGUGCUCCAUUGUAUGGGCAAGCUGUCCUUUGUUUAUUCAUCCUGCUGUUGAUGGAAAUUUGGGUUUCCAGUUUGGGCUCUUAAGAAUAAAACUGCCAUGAGUAUUUGUGUAAAAA